AGUCCUGGUCAGCGGUUGUGCCUUCCUCUAUUCGUGUACCCCGUGCCCCCCCCACAGUGUGUCCCGGUGUAAGAUGUAUGCUCAGAACGGUUCCGAAGGUGGUGGUCCGGCGGAGAACGUGCGUGCCGUCGACUUUCGCUCCGAUACGGUUAGCGUGCCAACACCGAGCAUGCGCCGAGCCAUCUUCGAGGCAACCGUCGGAGACGACGUCUACGGCGAAGAUCCGACCGUGCGGAAGCUGGAGCAACGAUCGGCCGCCCUGUUCGGCAAGGAGGCCGCCCUAUUUGUUCCGUCCGGUACAAUGGCCAAUCUGCUGGCAAUUAUGGUCCACUGUUCGCGCCGGGGAACCGAAGCCAUCGUCGGCGAUCUGGCGCACGGGUUUCUCUACGAGCAAGGAGGCGCGUCCCAGUUUGCCGGGGUGCUGCUGAGCACCAUCCGCAACAAUCCGGACGGGACGUUCUGUUUAAACGAGCUGGCCACGAAAUUUCGGGGCUACGACGUUCACGAGCCUAAUACCGUGCUCGUGAUGGUUGAAAACACGCACAACAUUUGUGGCGGUAAAGUCGUCCCGCUCGAGUGGCUCGAGAAGUUGUCGAAAAUUUGCGUGGAAAAGGGUGCCAAAGUGCACAUGGAUGGCGCUCGCGUUUUCAACGCCGCCGCAUACAUGGAUGUACCCGUGUCGCGUAUCGUACGUGAUGUCGAUUCGGUGUGCUUCUGCUUGAGCAAGGGCUUGGCAUGUCCGGUCGGGUCGGUGCUUUUGGGCACGGCAGAAUUUAUUAAGGAGGCACACCGUUUGCGGAAGGCACUGGGUGGUGGUAUGCGGCAGGUUGGAUUCUUGGCCGCAGCCGGACUCUGCGCAUUGGACGAGAUCGUUCCGAAGCUGAAAGAUGAUCACGCACGCACCAGACGCGUGGCGGAAGCAAUCGAUCAAAUGAAAAGUCCCAUUUUCAAAGUAGAUUUGGCCAAUCUGCACACCAACAUUCUGCUGAUUCGUAUCCUCAACAAGCAAAUACACUCGAGCGACCUGUCGCACCGGCUGGCCACAGUCCAUCCGGAAGAAAUUGCCGCUGGCGUUGUCGAUUCGCAGGGCAACGGAAUAGCCGUGAAGCUGAGUGCCCGUGAUUGGACCUUUGCCCGCAUCGUCAUCUACACCAAUAUUACCGACGAGGAGGUGGAGCUAGCUAUAAAGAAAAUUCAAUUUGUGUUCAAGGAAUAUGAAAAAAAUGUGUAAGGCCAUUCUGGAGCGAGUAGCGAAAAGCAACUUCGCUGUUGUUUAGAAAUAAAACCUUAUUUCUGUGGCGAUCCCACUAGCAGCAGGAAUAACAGUUUCAUCGAACAGCUAACAAAACGUAACAACUGAGUUGAAGUUACGCUAAUCUCGAAAGAAACGUUAUAAUAGA